UUCCUUGGCUCGGAGUUCGUGCCUUCCUCUUUCAGUGCUCAGGACGUCGCCUUUAGCGUGGAAACUCACUUGGGAAGUCGCACUCACAUCUUCUUCCAUUUAUUCCUUCACUCUGAUUUCGAAAUCGUUGACAUUCAAAAAGUUUCUCUUAUCGAAAGUCACCCUCAAGCACAGACACCUUCAUCCAGAAAUACUGGCGAUGAUGGCAUCCGUUCGACGAUCAGCCCGAAUCGCUGCAAGGCUUUCGGUCGUUCCAGCCACUCCAAGGACCAAGACACGUUCCGGCGGUAUGAGAGCAGCUCGAAAGUUCACUCUCUUCCCAGAUUUGCCUCUGGAAAUGCAGCAGAAAAUCCUGUCUUUUGCUUGUCUGGCUCAGCAAGCAGAGAAGAGAUUUCUACGUGUCGCUCGUGAUACCGAAGAGGAGUUUCAGCAGCGAAAUAACAACAACGACUAUACUCUCAGAAUCUAUUACGAAGGAAUCGGUGGGCCUCGUCUCGUGCCAAGUAUGUUGCACGUGUGCAGAUAUUCGAGGGCUCUGUUGUUGGACCACUAUCAACUGGUUUCUUGCACUGAUAUGCUCAGCGGAUCGGAGGUUGAGAGAAACAUCUAUGUCAACUUGGAUGAGGACAUCUUCUUUUUUGGUGAUCUACAUCCAGCCCACUUCAAAGCUCUUCGCAUUCUCGUGUUUCAUCCCGACGAACGCGAGCCGCUCAACUUUGGACUAGACACUGGCAAACGCAUCAAGAACUUGGCAGUUGACUGGGAGAUCUACCGAGAGAUGAUGAAAACAGACCCUUCGUGGCUUCUUAGCGUCAAUCCAGAUACAAUCUUCAUCGGUGAUUCGGGAUAUCAAACCUGGUACUGGCCGAGAGACUCUGGCAACCGCCAUCCUGGAGUUCACGAAUGUAUUGGUGGCUGAUUUGCGCGACGUGGAAAUGCCAACUUAUAGAGCUCCCAAUUUCAGAGUGAUGGACCUUUCGAAAAAAGGAACAAAAGCAAACUCAGUCGAAGAUCAUGACCUCUUGAAGAAUG